GAUCAACCGGACGGGAUUUUCACCCUCCUUGAUGCCUUAUUCUAUAGGACUUUGUCUGAUCAUAUACUCAGAAAACGCUUCUUCAAAUUACAACUCGAUCUGGUAAAACCCGAUUGAUUUAAAAUUUGAGCUUGUCCCUCUUCACUCGCAGUUACUAGGGGAAUCAUUGUUAUUUUCUUUUCCUCCGCUUAUUGAUAUGCUUAAGUUCAGCGGGUGUUCCUACCUGAUUUGAGGUCAAAUCAUGAAAAAUUUAUAGACACGAAACCACAUGAUAUGGUCGCAUCUAAUAGAUUUUGGCAUUAAGAUAGACGAAUAAAAAAAAAUUUAUGUACGUCUAAAAUGCACAAAAAAGGUCAAUUUUAAGCCUCUUAAAAACCCAGAAGAGUUUAAGAUAACUCAAACUCCGGAAACAUCACAAAAAAAUUGCGACGCACCGAUUUUUAUUAACACUGACCCUCAAACAGGCAUACUCCCCGGGUUGCCAGAGAGUGCAAUUUGCGUUCAAAGAUUCGAUGAUUCACGGAAUUCUGCAAUUCACAUUACUUAUCGCACUUCGCUACGUUCUUCAUCGAUGCGAGAGCCAAGAGAUCCGUUGUUGAAAGUGA